AUUCGGGCAGCUUUUAACAAAAAUGCAUGUGAUUCUCUCGCAUUUGAUAAAUGUGGUUUUAUCAACAACUAUCCAAUAAAAUUGGUCGCAUUCCUGAAUUCCGCCCUGAUGUCAACGAUUAACGGUCCGACGACUUCAAAUUUAAGUAUAAAUAACUUUAAGGGAAUAGAUGCUGACAUCGCUCGAAUAAUUUGGUCUAAACUUGGCACAAGCCCAAAGGUCAGCAUGAGCGAGCAGGGAUAUAUUGAUGAGCAAGGCAAACCUCAUGGGGCUUUAGUCCAUCUCGUGUUUAACCAAUGUGACAUGGGCAUGAAUCAAUUGUUCUUUCGAGAUUUCUGGCGAUUGGAGACUUAUCCACAUGGUUACGCAAAGAUAUUCGCAUUAAGUCGAGAAUUGAACUACGAGUCAACUGUCGCUUCAUUACCAAAAAUCCUUGAAACCUAUGUCAUAUCUACUUUAGUUGUAAUAUGCAUGUUAGUUACCUUGUAUUUGAAAUAUCUUUUAAAAAUUGAUAUUGCUUCAGCAUCAUUCAAGACCUUAAAGAUGUUAUUAGGCAUGGGCAUAGGAAAAAUCCCGCGUGGUACUAUGAACAGAAUUAAUUUUACAUUUUUAUUUUUAUUUAUGUUUAGUAUGAACAUUUAUCUUCAAAGUAUGCUCACAUCUUCUCUGGCAGCGCCCGAAAAUAAGUUCUACAUCGACGAUAAAGAAGAUUUAGAAGCAGUUAUACCUGACAAGUAUACAAUUUCUGGACCAGCUUACAUCAAAGAAUUUCUUGACAACAAAACUAUAGCGCCACACUUAAUUAGUUCUUCAUUCCAAGAUUGCAUUUCAAAAAUACAUAUAAAUUCAAAUUAUGUUUGUUUGGCUGAUAGUGUGUUGAUUAGUGAUCAAGCUAAAUCGCACAAGAAUAUACAUAUUUCUAGAGUUGGCAUAGAAAACGUACAACUGACUUUUGUUACAAGAGAAGACUGGCCAUUACGUAAAAGAAUCAAUGAGCUGAUGCAAAGGCUUAGGGAAACUGGAAUCAUGACGAACAUGAUGAUAAAAGAGCAGAUAAAAUCGCAUUUUACUUUGUAUGUACAAACACAGGAUUAUAAUUCUACAGACUCCAAUUUAAAAAGACUGACACUUGAAUCUUUAAAAUUUGACUUGUACAUACUUGCGAUUGGAAAUUAUUUAAGUCUUGUGUUGUUAAUUAUUGAGAAGACCCUCAGUAAACUAUACCAUAAGAAAAGAAUUGACAAUUUGAAAAUAUUUCGGCAAACUAAUGCAGUAGCAAAUCACUAAUAAAAAAUCCAUCAUGAGUAUUUUAACAAAUAAAUUCGACGGCCCUUUUGAUAUGAGAUUAAAAAAUACUCGAGUUGAACUAUUGAAAAUUUUACUUAAACCUACGUUGUAACAACGCUUGGAACUUGGGAAUGCGCCACAUAAACUAAUAGAACGCCUUUUCCAAUCUAAAAAAAUAACUAGUUCACAACAUUUACAGUACAACAUUCAGGUAUCAAAUUUUACGUUUGCUGUGUGUAUAGGAAAAUCAAUAAAAUAUAUAGAUCGCACGAACUAGAACUAAAUGUACUCUUAGAAAGUAUCCAUAGAUCUCCGUCAAUGCUGGUAUAACAAAUAAUCUAAUUUUUCUAAAAAACAGGAGCAUAAUACAAUAAUUUAAUAUCAAAAGAUUAGCAAACGAGUUUGAUACUAUUUAUAUUAAUGGCAAAACUUCAAAUUCAAGUUAUUAUUUCCAAGAUUAUAUCAGUAAUUAUUAUCUAUUUACAGAUUGUCGUUUCCUAAGAAAUUAUCCGUAAAAGGUUUAUAAUUACUGGGCAUUUACAACUCUAUAAAAUAUAUGGAUUGUGUUAAAAGGUGAAACGUACUUUUGUAACAAGUUGACAGUAGACGAAAAAAUCUUCUGAUUGAAACCACAAGCUUACAAGUUUUUGUAACUUGAGUAAUGCUGACUAAAUUAACUUGUUUAAUAAUUAUUUUACUGUUUGGAAUAACUAUCAUGAAUGCACAAAUUAAUAAAAUUCUUGAAAGCAUUAGUGAUAAAUCUUAUAAAAAUGAAAUGGCAGGGAACAUUGUGAGUAAAAACAAAAUUACUAUGACAAUAAUAUUUCAUCCAGAUUAACUUUUCAGAUGCAACUCGUCAAUACUUGUUAUACGGAAGCCCUAGACAUGGUAGUCUUUGCAGGAACGUUUCACAAGUUUGAAAUUUGGCGCACUAAUUUCUCUCUGUUGUUAACAAUGUAUAACGGUAGGACUUGACGAAUCAACGAUUUUUAAGCGCCACAAGCGUUUAGAAAAAGUUUAUAAGCUAGAUGAAAAUGUCGUAUCCAAAUUGCGUUAUCCAUCUAAACUUUUCAUAGUUUCAUCGUCAUCUCAAUAUAACUUGUCUAUUUUGCUGAAUAGAUUGAAGCAAUCUAUUCUAUGGAAUUCGAGGGCUGUAUUUUCUCUGGUUGGCGAAAAUUUUGAAACAAAAUGCUCGAACGCUUUUAUCGAAUUGACGGAAGCUUGGAAAUUAAAUAUUCUGUAUGCUUUUUACAUUUGCUCUGAUGAAAAUGAAAUGCAUCUUUAUACCUGCAAUCCAUUUAAGCAAGUGGAUCCUAAUUCAUGGGAAAUAUCCGAGGCCAUAAAUGUAAAUUACAAGAACACAAGCGAUUCCUUGGCCAUCUUCAAGUACUCGUGCCCAGUCCUCCUGAGUCCCAGUAGCUCCUGUCCAGAAUCAGCCAGGUUAUACAAAAUUUAAGAGAAAACCUAUUUUUCGACGAUAAAUAUUUUUAUUACGGCGAGGGUUUUUUCAAGGAGAGAAAACAAGAUGAAAUGAAAAUGAACAACGAUGUGGGAUUUCAGAGGAAGCCUUUGUCACCGAAAAAGCUGAUUCACAGUUUCUACCUCUAUCGUUUUGGAGUUGCUGCGGGUUUGGCAGCUUUUUUGGCUGAGUUUUUCGUGAAUAUUUGUUUUCGGAUACGCAACAAGAUCAAGAGACGUUAUCGUCUCCAGUUUUUGCAGUGAUUUGAAUAUACAAAGGAUUCCAAAUAAGAGUGUUUUGAUUGAUAGUUUGAAGAAAAUGUAUACGCUCACAAUGUACAUGUGUUUCAAUAAAGAGGUUUGCCAUUCAAAUAAAAAAAUUCAUUAUUUUAAAAUCUCAUUUUAUUUUUUAGUAAACCUGCUAUCGAUCCAGUUUUAAAUAAUAUACAAAUCCUUUCUUAAAAUAAUAACCAUAUAUAUAUACACAAUCACGUAAGAGUAAUUCCUUACUUGAUUGAACGUUCAUUCCGUGAAUAAAUAUUUUCAUAACAUCGAUUCAGAAUAAAAACCUAAUGCUCGAAAUGUGUAUUGUAAACGAAAAAAAUAUUGUUAAUUUGACCAUGAACCUGUAUCGAUUAAAAUAACCAAUCUUGUACGAAAUUUAUAAACGCGUUAUCUAAUAUUUGUUCAGAGUUAAUAUUGAGUAAAAGCCGAUGCUCUAAACUUUAAAUUACUACUAAUUAAAUUGACAGUUUAUGUGUAUUUUAUACUCGGGAUGAAAUCUGCGUUAUUUUUCAUAGAUUAAUUAAAAAAUAUAAAUACGUUAUAUAAUGAAUUCAAUAUUAUAAUAGUUUUAUGCCAACUAAAAGAAAAGAUUUACUAAAAA